AUGGAAGCCAUCGCUAUUGUAGAUUUUAAGGCAGUGGAAGAGGAUCAGCUUAGUUUCUGUCGUGGUAAUAUACUCAAGGUUUUGAAAAAGGAUAGCAACUGGUGCAGGGCGGAACUAAACGGAAUAGAGGGCUUUGUUCCCAGCAACUACAUCAACUUAAAACCACAUAAAUGGUUCUAUGAGACGAUUAGUGAAGCCGAAGCUGAAGAACUACUGAUGAAAGCCACGAGUCACGAGGCCAACUUCCUCAUACGGGAAAGUGAGGUCACAAAAGGAGAUUUUGAGCUGUCUGUCAGGAGUGGAAAUGGUGUGCAGCAUUUCAAAAUACUUCGUGACAGUGCAGGUCAUUAUUUCAUCUGGGUGGUGAAGUUCCAAUCUCUAAACCAACUGGUAUCAUAUCACUACACUUCCUCGGUCGCACGGGAUCAACUUCUGCUGCUCAGGACGGUCCAGGACCAGAGCGGACAUUUUGAGGCACUCUACGACUUUGAGCCACAGGAGGAAGGUGACCUGGCCUUCAAGAAAGGAGACCUCGUUGACGUGUUGGAUGAUUCCAAUAAUGACUGGUGGAAAGGAGUGUGCAACGGAAAGACGGGCAUGUUCCCCUCCAAAUACGUGACUCCACAGAAAAACUAG